GUGAAACUUUCUGAGCGCUGACAGAGAGAAGUCUUCACCUGACGAGCUGCUGGUCUUUGCAGAGCUUCAUCAUCUUUUAUCAGUCACAUUUCUAAAGCAGAAUGUCAAUACAGUUCUCUGGCUGGGAGGUGGUCGACGAUGGUGCUUCUUUUCCUGGUGUGGAGCUGGCGGCGUCACAGAAACCACAAAACCGGGGUGUCUACACUAUGUACCAUGGGACCAAUGUUGCCAGUGCACGGCUCAUCAUCGCCAAUGGUUUUAAUCCAUCAUCAGGUGGCACGCUGGGAAGGGGCGUGUAUGUCAGUCGUGAUAAGAGAAAGGCAGAAAAUUAUCCAUUAAGAUGUCUACCUGCAGACCGUAUGGUCUUUGAGGUACGAGUGCGUGUUGGUCGCGUUAAGCGUAUCGACAAGGACAACCAUCAUAUGCAACUCACCUGGCAUGCAAAUGGUUACGACACUGCCUGGUUGCCCCCCAAUAUUGGCCUAGAGGAGGAUUGUGUGUUUGACCCUAACAGAGUGAAAGUCGUGGGCAUUGCAAAGGCACCAAACCCCACCAUCCUGGCAGAGCUUAAACAACUCAUUGCAAAAAGAUCCAAAGCAUCCGGGAGAGGAGGCAGUGAUGCUGCGGAUGUGUGUUCACUGUGUAAAAGAAAGACCCAGCGGGGUUCCACACACAUCAAGCAACAGUGCUGGAAGUGUGGGCAAAACAUCUGCAUCCUCAUGUCCAAGCAUUUCUGUCCAGACAAACCCUGACAGGGGGUGAGAGAAGAAGAUGAAAAACAACAGAGGUGUUCAAUAUGGUCUUUGUAUGAGCUGAAUGCUGAGUGAGGGGGAAACUAAACCUGAAAUCAAUCAGACUUUGUAAACAAGACUCAUAAUCUUCCUUUUCCUUCCCUAAAGUGAUAAGUGUAAUAGGUACAACAUGUUAAAAUAGUUCCUGCUGAACAUGUUAUCUGUUAUUUUCUGUGAUGUAAAAUUUGAAACGUGAUUUGAUAAUAUUCUCACAAUUUUGUGAAAUUUAUUGAACACUAAAUUUAUUGAACGCUAAAUCAUGUGACAUGUCUAAAGCCAAUAAACAUCAUUAUUAUGAUAUCAGA